AUGGGAGAGGAGGGGGAAAAGAAUUGGGAUGGUGUGGUUGAGUUUGUUUGUGGGGGUGAGGGGGUGAGGGGGGGUUGGGAUGAUGAUGGGGGGGGUAGAUUAUGGUGGAGUGGGGUUUUUUGGGGGGGAUGGGGAUUUAUUAUGGGUGGGGGUGUGGUUGUUUUUAGGGGUUUUUAUGAGAUAGGGUUUGGGGAUGGUUGGUUGGGUAUUGGGAUGUGGAUUGGGGUGGGGGAAUGGGGGGGAUUGGGUUUUAAUGAUGGGGGGGGGGGGUUGUGGGGGGAUUUUGGGGAAAUGGGGAUAUUGGGGAGGGUUGGUGGAUUGGGGUAUGGGGGGGGAGGGUGGGGGUGGAUAGGGGGUGAGGAUUAUGGGAUUGGGUUGGGAAAGAGGGGGUGGAAUAAGAAUGGGAUGGGAGGGGGGGGGAGGGGGGGGGGGAUUGAGAGGUGGUGGUAUGGGGGUUUGUGGGGGGGGGGGGUGUGUGGUAAGUUGGGGGAUUUUAUGGGGGGGUUUGUGAGAGGUAAGGGGAGUAGGGGGGGGUUUGGGAGGGUGUGUUUGUUUGGGUAG